AUGGGCAAUUGUUUGGGUUUUGGACCUGAAGGUGUGAGAAAAGGAGCAUGUGCUGCACGCAUCCAGGCUUGUUGCUAUGGUGGAGAAAUUCCUGCUGGUGGAUGGUUUGCCUGUUGCCAGAGGAGAGGUGCCAAGGGUGAUGGUAAAGGCUCAACAGUGACAGUGUGCUUUGGACUGUUUCUUGGUAUUUUGGGUAUCUUAUUCAUUGCAGGGGGAGUUAUGGUUGGCUACUACCCAAAGAAGCUUGAGGAGCCGAUACUUUUCUAUGUUGAAGAUGCCACACAACAUGAAUUCUUGCCAACGUAUCAGCUCAUGAUUGCAAUUGGAGUCUUUUUAUUCCUAUCAGCCGUCUGUGCCUGUUGUUUCGGUGUCGGAGAUGGUGACAAAGUUGGAGGCUGUUGCUUGCUGCUUGCUUUCAUCAUGGUCAUUGUUGUGGUUGGCCGCCUAAGCUACAGUGUCAGCAAAUUUGACAGCGAAAGAGUAGAGUCCGAUAUAAGGAAGAAUAUGAUGGCUAAAAUAAAUACCGGUAGCACGGACCCCAUUUUGGAUUACAUUCAGCAAAAUUUAGAAUGUUGUGGAGUAGAGGGACCAUCAGAUUGGCAGCAUAACAUCAAGUUUAACAAUGAAACUGUUCCCGACUCUUGCUGUAAAGUUGAAACUCCCGACUGUGGACAGAAUUACAGACCAGAUAACAUAUUUCUGGGUGGAUGUCUGACCAACAUGAUGCACAAGAUUACAACAUACUUUUACUGGCAGAUAAGCUUUCUGGCAUUUUUCUGUCUCACUGCAAUUUUUGUAAUCUCCUCCUGUUGUUGUAUUAUUUUUGCUAAUUGUAGCAGCUCAGGCCCCUAUACUUUACUAAAAUAGUGUUAAGCCUUAGUUUGUUCGGGCCGAAGCUGCACAAUAGUUAUAAUAUAUAAUUCAAAAUAAUUAUUUAAAAUAUUAUACCUCGACUUUAAACCAUUCAAUUAAAAAAGGUGCAAUAAUUCAAGAUUUUUAGUUGUGACAGGGUGCGAUAAUUCAAUAUUUUUAGUUGUACAUGACUGGUAUGCCAAUGAUUAUAAUAGAAGUACGCAAAUUAUCGCACCCUGGCACCAUGUGCUGAUGUGAAUUUUAUAGUAUUUCAAUCUAUUCCAUUUCCAUGAUCUUGCAAUGUAGCAUGAGAUACAAUUUAUAUACAUUGUAGCUAAACAUUGUUACCGUAUAUUAAUGCUUGUUAUAGAGUUUGACUGAAAUGUUUUAACUCAUUAACUGGCAAUACGCCCGGAUGCGCCCUGAGAUUGGCAAGUGGGUAACUGGCAAUGCGCCCGCAUACGCCCUCAAAUGACACCUCAACUUGCGGGCAUGAUAUUUGAGCACGUGUUUAUCGGGUUGCCUAGCAACGGAUACGAAAAUAGAACGCGAAAUUUGAGCUUUUCAACGGUGUAUCAUGCAAGAAAAUCGGCCAAAAACUCGCAAAGUUUUUCAAGUUUAAAACCUUAGUUUUUCGAAAAUAAUGAAUAAUGGCGAUAUUGUUGCAAAGAAAGAUUUCACAGCAAGUUUUAAAAGAGAAAAAAGAAGACGUUUUUGAAUGAUUUACAACGAAAAUUUGGCAUGAAAGGAAAGCGAAUGUAUUGACGUUUUGGGCCAAGUUCUUCUGUGAACCAUGCGCAAGAUUUUCAGCCAAAAAGAUGAGGAUUUCUCCAAACUUUAUUAAAAAUAGAAGUCGGAAAUCACAAGAAAGAUGAACACGGAACUCAAGUGAGCAGAUACGAUUUUUUAAAGGGUAUUUUUGAGUAGAAAUAUGCGAUCAAACACUCACAAAAUUCGACCGCAUUAAUGUUGGUUGAAUCUAGUUUAAAGUUAUCUUUUUAGACGAACUGUUUAUGCAAAUUUGGGCGCAACUUUGACUGUUUUCGUGACCCCAUUGUUGGUCUUCUUGUUCAAGUUGUUAUUUUAGCUAUAGUAUAUUUCAAACGACACUUACUGUGUGCGUACGUGACCUUCUUGACCUUUUUGGCAAGAAUACUUCGAGUAUUAAAUUACACUAAAUAAGUAGGAUAUUCCAAAAUCACCGUUAUAUCUAUUUUCAUCAAUUAAAGUGUUAAAAUGACAACUCGUUUCAGACAUAUUGUGGUUUAAAAUAAGUGUAUUGAAUAAACGCGCUUGCAUGCCGCGUGCGAAUAUUCAAAAAGUCCGUACUUGAAUUGUAAAGCUUUCAAAAUGCAUUUUUACUGUUUUUUUAUAUCCCCUAUAAAACUUUAAAUCGAUAAAGCAGAUAAUAACGUUGAUGCAACAUCAUUUUGUAGUAACUACACGUUGAAUCAGAAGGAAAAGUUAUCAAAAUAGGUCGCGACGGUUGUUUGCAAAAUGUUGCUUCUCCCUGAAAUGGCUUCCUUUGUGGGAAGCCAUGAAAUUGAAGUCCUAACAAAAACUAACCUUAGCAGUUCUUUUGGGCCCAUCGCUCCCUUAUUUAUCAUGAAAUCGCUUCACUAGAACAUUUUUAAUAAUGUCUAUGGGAAACUUUGUAAUUUUCUGAACUAAAAGUUUAUGGUUUUGAGGUGUUUAUUUUAUAAAAUAGCACGCGCAACAAAAUGGCACUAAUGUGGUUUCUCACGUCUGACAAACAACCAAAGAUGAAAGUUCUUAUUUCACCCUUUUAUAGCUAUGUGGAAUACCUGAAUAUUAGGUUAUCUUUUUCAUGUGAGGAUAUAGAUAACAUUUCUACACAAUAGUCCUUAUGAAGGCUUAUUUCAAACUAAAAAAAUGAGAUUGUUUUUCAGAGCCAGACUUCAAAAGAAACCGCCUGUCUGACAUUUUAUAGCAGCCUACAUUGGCGCGCAAAAUAAUUUUGGCUUUUAAACCGUUGCUUUCCCAAUAGAAGCAUGAAAAUAUUGAGCUAAAAGUCUUACCUGACAUGUGUUUAAAGUGUUUUUCUCUUUACGAUGCUUUUCAGUGCUUUGAGUACAAAAGUGAAUAGCUUUUAGUUUUGUCACCGCAGAGUGCCUUUCAAAAUGUCGGCCUGUCAUUGUCUGUGUUAAAAACACCUCAGAAAAUUCCCAUUUUCUCACCUUCCCAUCCUUGGUUUAUAUUAAAAUAAAUAAAUUUAAGCACUAUGUGUCUUUUUAAAUAUAUUUGAAGCAAUCAAAAAACUUUAAAGAUGUACAAACACUGUGUUUUGGCUUGCACACUUUGUUGAACUUGAACACUUAGUUACUGUUCUAAAUUUCAUGUUGUAAACAAGAUGCCCCAAAAAAGCAAAGAAGUAAUUUUUAAAUUUUUUGAUAAUUUCAUAAUUCAUAUCCCAAAAGAUGAAAAUUGGUUGUAAUAUAGAUAUGUAUUAAUUUAGUAAAUGAUUUUUUUUUUGUUUUUAUAUAAAUUUGUGGAGAUAUUGCCCCUUUAGGUGAUGAGUGACAUGAAAAACAAAGUGUCACUGCUUUAUAAAUAAAAAUACUGACUGAAAAAACUAAUGAUAUAUAUAGGUAUGCAAGGACAUCUAAACUAAAUUUGGUCAAUCAUAUAUCAUUCAUGUUUGGUUGAAAAGAUCAGACUUUUUUAUUCAAUUGUUUCUGAGAUAUUGGCAUUUUGGUGAAAGCUUGGAAUUCAAUCAUGAAUUCGCCAUAUUGCUUGCCACUUUAGGGGGUGGUAACAUUGUAACAGCUUGCCAGUUAAUGAGUCUAGUCAUCAAUCAAAACCUACCUCACGCAGUUAUCGAUUGGAUGGCACUGUACAGCGCCCUGAUUUGGCUAAGUGAAACCACCAAAUACUUGUUACAAACAGUAUUAUUCUCAACCUAUUAUUUGUCAUUAUUUUCAAGAGAGGUAACCAAGGGUGGCCUGGAUCCGAUGGUGCACCAGGAUCUAACGGUGCUCCAGGACCUGAGGGUGCACCAGGACCUAAGGGUGCACCAGGACCUCCAGGACAUCCGGGAUCUGCCAGCAAUGUUGGACCUGUCAUUUAUUAUACAGAUCUGGAUAAGAAGAGUGAAAAGUACGUUUUCAAUUCAUGAUCUAUAUCAUAUUACAACUUUCUGUAAACUAUGUCACAUUGUCUAGUAUACAAAAUAACAGUAACUCCGAAUAACAUUUUGAGUUUUAAUCAACGUUUCGACUAGUUUGUAGUCAUCCUCAGGAUUAAUAAUUAUUAAUCCUGAGGAUGAUUAUUAAUCCUGAGGAUGACUACAAACUAGUCGAAACGUCGAUUAAAAAUAAAAAAUGUUAUUCAGUCUAUUCAGAGUUACUGUUAUUUUGUAUUUUCUUAAAAUUUGAGUAGUUCCCGUAAUUAUUGUCUAGUAUAUAGUCUCGCUUUCAUGAUUUAGAGUUUCAGACAUGACUUUAGAGACUCGGCUUACAACAAACGUGUCCUUUUAACGUGUCACCAAAACGAUAGAUAAAAUUUUCUAAACCAAGCCAAUUAAUAAAUAAAUCAUAAUUUUAGAACCAUUGUUGCUAAUUUACAUUAUAUUUUCAUUUCUUGUAUUGUAAAUUUUAUAUCUUGCUAUGUUUUAACAAAUUAUAAUAAAACUUUUAUGGAACUCUACAGACCGUAUUCUAAAAGCUCACUCACACUCAAUGAGUGGAGGUUCAAUCUGAGCUUCUCUUGAGUGUCAAUGCUGUUUUUGAAUAGCUGGAGGGAGAGUAGUCACAUAGUAAGGUACGACACUAACCCUCCAGCUAUUCAAAAACAGCAUUGACACUCAAGAGAAGCUCAGAUUGAAUCUCAACUCAUUGAGUUGUGAGUGAGCUUUUAGAAUACGGGAGUCUGUCUCGAUCAUAUCUGAUUUGCGUUUGUCUGAAUUCAGCACUCAGACUACUUAGCUACAAGGAAAGAUUAUUAUAGAACCCUAUCCAAUCCAAUACGCUUGCCUUUCAAAUGACGUGAAAUGUUUCGUGUUCUAAGUUCAGUAUGUCUUGCAGCUGUAAUAGCUCAAUGGUAGGAGUCCUACGUCAUUCAAUGAAAGCCGGUCUUCAACUCUGCACACAAGUUGGAUGGAGAAACAUCGCUUUGGAUAUCAAUCCACCACAUUGCACGAAGGACGCAAAUGUACCUGAACGUAAUCUACAAGCUUUCUAUUAUGGGAACCCGGGAAUUAUGUUCCAGUUUAACAGUGAUAUAAAACCAAUUGUGAAUCCUUCAGACUAUAAUGCUAGUAUUACUGCAGGUUUGUUGAAUGUUUUCAUUUAUUGGAUUUAUGUAUAUGUAUAUAGCCUAUAUACACAAAAGUGGCGGGUACUAAAUUUCUAUAUUGGCUGACCACAAUUUAAAUACAACGAUCCCUUAACCUUGACUAUCCGUAACCACACAACCCUGACUAUCCCCAAUCCUAUAAUAUAAUGACAAUCCUCUAACUCUAAUUCUAACCCUAAUAUUUAACCUAGUCCUUACCCUGUAUCGUAAUCCUCAUAAAUUAAAAUGCUAACCCGAAUCGUAACUUAGAUCUUUCGUUUAUUAAGAAAUCCUGCCUCUCAAUUCAAAGCCUCUCUAUGUCGAAGCUGUAAUGCGGCAAGCUUAUAAUUUUACUGGAAUGAACUACGUCAAUGUCACUGGCAUUCCGGAAACAUUUUGGCAAGAUAGGGAUUGGAGUAUCACAGCGUUGGUGAAGUUUGGUGAUAUUUCGGAAUCAAAUAGUGCCAAAGGUAACCAAUACUAUGAUGUGGCAAUGUUGGGAAUUGGCACAAAUAUUGGAUCUGUUCAAGACGAACUUCAUUUGGGCUUUAGAGGGCGGAAACGAGAUAAAACAUCACAUUUUGUAAGUACCAAUAACCGUGCUCCCCAACGACAGCAUGUUUAAGGUAAUUUUAUCUAAGGAGUUUCCUGUUUGAAAAAUUGACUACGGGGUAUAUUGGUAACACUGUGGUAAGUUGAUGUGCACUUCACCUCUACGACCGCGAUUCAGCUAUAUGCACUUGUCUGGUUAUCAAGGCCGGCAAGAGCCAACCACGGGCCCCGGGACAGCAUGACGAUUGGUGAACACGGGCCCCCUGUCCCUCUCGACUCUCCCGCUGGCUAUUUUUAAUCGCAAUCAACGAGAGAAUUGCCAGCGAAUUACUUGCAAGAAAACGCUGCAUAACUGAUAAAAACGCAAUGUGAACGAUGUUCAGCUAACUGUUUUUGCUGAGAAAACGAUCGAAAAAUCGUUUGGUACGUUUUACGUUCGAUGGCGACGAUCAGCGGAUAGUGUGCAAGGAUAGUGGACGUAUUUCAUUUAGGACAAACAUAAAGCGAUGAUAAACAAUACGAAUAUUUUACCGAUAUUUCCGGGCCCCUCUGAGCACUCCGGGCCCUGGGCAUUUUGUCCCCCCCCCUCUCGCCGGCCUUGCUGGUUAUAAUUUCCCCUCAUUCACACAGGCGUACCGAAGGGCCUGAAUGCCUUACAUUUCCAGUUAUAGCUAGCUUUCGUGUUUAAUUAUACGGCUCUGCGGAGUAGAGUGUAAGCUUGAGCAAUUUUUAAGUAGAAUUGCCUGAUUUUUAAGUAUAGUCUGGCUGCAGCUCCCGAAGUGAUUCGCAAAUUGACUAUAAAUGGCAUUGAGAUACUAUUAUGAAACUAUGAGAGCAAUGAUUCUUCCACAUGUUACCAUUGCAGUAGGUGUAUAUCGAGUGUAUAAGUGUUGAUGUUAUGUAUUUCUCAAUUUAACAUUUUCAUAGGUGAUUUUAAUAUAAAUUAGUUGAAUGAAGCCAAUAGAAGGCCUUUAUAUAAUUUCUUUAUCAAUGAUCAUAACUAUAGACAAUUGAUGUCUAGAUCAUAUUUAUAGAAAUUUACCAGAGUCACAAGCUAAGUCACACAUAUUGGAAACAUUCCUCUGAUCAUAAAGCAGUAUGUGCAUUGAUUAAUUGCUUUUAUUAAAGCAAAACCAAAGUAAUAGUGGCUGAGAGUAAUAAUGGCAUAAAGAGCAGAGAUUCAGCUUCAGAUUGGAAUAUCAAUACGUAUAGUACAGUUGCAACCCGAGUCAUAAUUAUUAACUUGCAGUAUAUAACUUUAUAUCCUGGGGGGGGGGGCGAGGGUGUGCUCCCUUCUUCAUCCACCCUGAUGUCUGCAACUGAAUGUCAUUGCCAAGAACACCAGGUGAGCAAUUUUAUACCCCCCUGGCCUUUCCCUACCUCAUACUAUAUUGUCUUACAAUCAACAACAACCAUAUGUCAUAAUGCCUAAUGGAUCUUAUUAAUAGCACACAAUGUACAAUUAAACUAAACCUACUAUUCUGUUUAUUGGAUUUUCUGCCACGAAAAAAUAUUAUGCAAACCCUUGUGACAGUGCAAUCACCACGAGCAGAUGCAUGUACGCUUAGCGUACCUAUUUUUAUACACGAGUUAACUAUUUUGUAUGUUCCUCUUCCUCAUAAGGGUAAUUAGAUUAGGAAAGUCCAUUUUAUUUUCAGAAAUGUUCUUAAAACCCUUUCCCAGUUGUACCCAUUUAUGUUUUGUGUUUCAGGAAGUUUUGUUUGAGCUGAAUAACGACAAUUUUAAGUGGGGUAGUAUCAAAACUAAUAAAUGGCAUCACGUUUCUUGGACGUCUCAGAAGAAUCUGCAGGAUAGUACUGAGUCAAGGUGAGAAACAAACCUGAUUGCUUUUAGUUUGACCAAAACAAUGCUGGUUUACUACAGGAUCUCCAGUUUCCUCUUUUAGUAACACUGGAUGACUAGUAUAUUAUAAGCGAUAGUCCUCUAGCGAGAACAGCUUAGACUAUUUAAUAUAAACAAGACGCCAGCUCAGGCAUUCACUCCGCUGGGGGAUAUAGUUAAUAUGCACGAAAUGGGCGCAGUAUCAGCACGCAGGGGCGGAUUCAGACCGUUGCAACCGUAGCAUAUGCUACGGUCAGAUUUUCCCUGAGAUAUAUUUUUCCAGGUUGUACCUUUUUUAAAGUUAUUAAAAACUAAAACGUUAGACUAUUUUUAAUUGCCGUUAUUUUCAAUUUUUCAUUGAAACUUGGUGCAAUUUUUUUAAAAUUUACUAAAUCAUAUUGAUACAAUUUUAUCGAGUUUUUAUUUCAUUUUGGAUAAUUAAAUUCGGGUUUUUCUCAAAUUUCCGCCCGAAAUACUGCCGGUAUUUGCGGGUUUUGCACUAGUACUAUAUCACAUCGUUCUGAAGUCGUAGCAUUUGCUUCAUUGUGAUUGGCUUGCUUCGUCUAACCGUAGCAAACCAAUCAUAGCGCUGUAUUUGGAAAUUUUUGCAGUGGUCAGAUUGAAACUGACCGUUGCAAAAAUUCGCAAAUACAGCGUGCUGAUUGGUUUGCUACGGUCAGACGAAGUAAGCCAAUCAGAAUGAGGCAAAAUGCUACUGUUUGCAACAGUCGCAUCGACUUUAGAGCGAUGCUGGCUUGUUAUUGUCGUGUCGGCUCCUCGUUGUAAUCGAAUAGUCGGUAAAUUUUAAUCGCCGCUCGUUCCAAGGAGAAAGAUAUGGCGGCUUCUACAUGACUCCACGAUCUUCUGUGUAUAAUGAACGAAUGUAAACGUGUUUCAUUUAACGAAAAGGUGCGCGAAAGAAUUCUGAUCGAAAGCUUUUGGUGUGCGAUUAUUGGCAUGAUUUGCAUUUCCCGCGAUGUGAACUGUGAAGACAGCGCUGUUUGAAUCACCUCCGUGUCAGGUCAGUCUCAUGAAUAGUAUAUUAAAUAUGUAAAUAACAUAUCGAAUUUUACACAGUUAUGCGUCUCGAAUAUAUUACCAUAUAUUUGCUGAUGAAACGUAUCAUUAUAAAAAUGCAGAACAAUAUCAAUAGCCACUCACACUAUUUGAUAGCCAUUGGCAUGCCAUGUGUGUUUAUAUUAAGAAAUAUGUUAGUUAAUCCCCUAUAUAUUUUAUAUCUUAGACUUUGCUCAUGUAAUUAUUAGUUGUAGACUUGUAGUCUAUAAAGACUAGUGAGUAGUGUAAAUGAAAUUUAUAGAAAUAGUUACACUCCGAUAUAUUAUAUUGUAGUUUACAUGUAUACUAACAGAGUUUAGAAUUACAACAGCUGAGCCUGCUUCCUGGGAUAACGUAUCAUAAAUAUAUGGUUAGAUGUUUCAAAUCCAUGUAUUGUAUACCUUACUUGUAUUAAAAUUCGCGUCGUAUACUCAUUUUCGUUCAGCUUUAAAUUCGCGCAUUCCAAUUUCACGAAACUUGUUCGCGCAGCUUUAAAUUCGCGCAAGUAAUUUUCCGUGUUGGUUCCUUUUGGUUGAGUGUCCCUAUAUGUCGUGUGUCGUGUGUCGUGGGUUAAAAGUCGUGUGUCGUGGGUAAAGUCGUGGGUAAAGUCGUGGGUAAAGUCGUGGGUAAAGUCGUGGGUCAUAAAAUGUGCUAAAAACGCAUUUUUUCAUAUUUUUAUUUUUAAUAUUUUUUCGUACUUUUUCCUUUUAUGCGCUAGAUAAAUACAGGAAAAUUUAACGCAACAAAUCUCCAGUAAUAAAAUAAUUUCUUAUCUUGCUGUUAUCUAUAGUAUAACAAGUAAGCGUUUCCAUUUCGUAUAGUCUAAUAAGUCUAUAAAUGUAUUGUUUGAUGAUAAAAUGUCCUAAGUUAUAGGAUAUUAAGAUAUAAGUUUAUUAGCUUUGGAAGUGUUCAGUAGUCCCUAUCACGAACGUCGCGAAUAACUACGUCGAUUGCAUACUGUCUUAUGCAAACAUAUUGAGCUAUAAAUUCUACGCUGUAUAAGUGGCCAACGCUCGAGCCUCAAAUUUUGCUAUUUUAUCUCCUAGAACAGCUAGUAUAUGUUCGUGGCCCUUAAAAGUGCGCGCUCAGAGCCGCUGUUAUUUUGACAGAAUAUGAUACCUCUACACUUUUCAGCCGUAAUACAAAUGCGCGGAUUGUAAUCACAUAUUGAUGAAUUAUUCAUAUCGUUUAAUUUAGCUUCAAAAACUUGUUUUGUUAAAUGUAAACUGCGCAGCAUGUUGCGUACAUUAUCAAAAAAAAAAAAGGUUGACUUUAUUCGACUGAAAUAAGCAAGAUUUCCCGUUACAUACAUGAUUUAUACCAAGGCGGCUUUGCAUGUGCUCUGCCUUUGGCAACUGACUAUGACACCAUUGCGCUCCGCGGGAACGAACACGAAUAACAUGUUUUUGAAGGCUAAAUUAAACGAUAUGUAUAUGAUUACAGUGCGCGCUGAAAAUUACGGCUGAAAAGUGUAAAGGUAUCAUAUUCUGUCAAAAUAACAGCGGCUAGCGCGCUCGGUUGGCAAUUAGCCCGACAUCGCACAAAUCAUUUCGGGUUUCAAUCGGGAAAUCCCAAAUCGUAGCAAUUUAUGGAAUAUUUCCGAACGCCACAUACACAUGAAAUGUUUCGGUCAAGGGCCACGAACAUAUACUAGGUCUAGGAGAUAAAAUAGCAAAAUUUGAGGCUCGAGUGGCCACUAAUUAUACUAGACACUGCAGCGUAAAAUUCAGUAUAGCCUCAUAUGUUUGUAUCAGACAUAUCGGCAUGAAUCGACAUAAUUAUUCGCGACGUUCAUGAAUUGAUAGGGACUAUAACACUUCCAAAGCUAAUAAACCUAUAUCCUAUAACUUAAACAAUACAUUUAUACAUCAAACAAUACAUUUAUACUCUAUAGGCUUAUCAGACUAUACGAAACGGAAACAUAAUCAAACAUUUACUUGUUAUAGCAGGUUAUACUAUAGAUAACAGCAAGAUAAGAAAUUAUUUUAUUACUGGAGAUUUUUGCGUUAAAUUUUCCUGUAUUUAUCUAGUGCAUAAAUGGAAAAAGUACGAAAAAAAUAUUAAAAAUAAAAAUAAUAUCUUCGUGAAAAAAUGCGUUUUUAGCACAUUUUAUGACCCACGACUUUACCCACGACUUUACCCACGACUUUACCCACGACACACGACUUUUAACCCACGACACACGACACACGACAUAUAGGGACACUCCUUUUGGUUUGAUUAAUAGAACUAUAACAACAAAUACUUCAAUAUUUGUCAAAACAAAAUUCAUGAUAACAGUAAAGCAUGGUUCACAUAUGCCUGCGGCAUACCUGCGACUGUAUCAUUAUGCCUCUACUUGCCGCCGAAAUACCGGCAAAGUUGAACUCAAGUCAACUUUCCGCCGAUGUAACUGUGGCACUGGAGGCAAUCGGCGAACAAAUGUUCACAUAAUUUACGUUUUAAAGCUACCAUCGGCAUCGUCGCCGGUACGUCGCAGGCAUAUAUGUGAACCAGGCUUAAAGCGUAUAAAGUUCAAACUUCAAAAUGUAUGGUUUUCAUUUGCCUAAUACAAUAACAAUAACUAAUUUUAUUAGCAUACCAUAUAUUAUAGGUUCGUAUAUAUGGUAUUGCCUUACAUUAUAUUAUUUACUAACAACGAGUGAAUAUUACACCGCAAAGCUUUUCGCGUGGAUUAUAUUUCCCGCAGUACUAAAAUUUGCGCACCCAGCUCUGCGCGAAUUCCUGCAGUAUUGCUCGAAUUUUAGUACAAAUAAACAUAUACAAAUAAACAUUUUUCCUAAUUGCCGUUGUGCUGCUGUUUCAAGAUGAUCUACAAAUAAACAUUUUCCCUAUAACUUGGAGAUAAUCUAUAUACAGUACAGAAAAUAUUUCAGUUUCCUGACUGCCAUAAGUUGUGCUGCUGCUUAGCCAGUAAACGUUGUCCCUAACUGUCGUUGGGCCGCUGUUUCAAGAUGCAUUUCAUUUGAAAACUUUCGAACUACUGUUAUCUUACUUUUUCAAGAUAAUCUGUUGUUCGAAGUGGUAUGUUGAUGAAUAAAUUUUGUAACUUUUGUGCGUUUUUUUUUUAUUUUGGUGUGAAAAACAGCCACUUUUCUACAAAUUUUAAAUGUAAUUUCGAUGCUCAGAAUACAGGAAAUGGUACUUGCGGGCUUCAAAUUUCAAAAAUUUUCUGGGGGGGGCAUGUCCCCAAACCCCCCUAGGUAGGGCGUGGCCUUCGGCCCCGCAUGUUGAUUUCAUCCAAAAUGCUACGGUCAGCUUGAGACGCUGAAUCCGCCCCUGGCACGAAGAUGCAUUAUAAGCAAGGUCUGCAAUUAUCACUUAAGCCGGUUUUCCACUUCAAGCGUACCGUACCGAAACGUAUCAAAAACGUUUUUAAAUUUCAUAAUUUCGUGAAUGUUGAUUGGUUAGUACUUCCGUAGUACGCCAAAAAGUUGACUUGCGACGAACUUUUCAUUUUGAUACGCGAAUACACCCGGAAGUACGUGGAUUUAUAAACCUCUUUUCAAUCUGCGCAUGCUCACCAGUAAGUUUCGCUACGAUACGGGCGAAGCACUGAUCUGGGGCGAAGUGGAAAACCGGCUUUAUUUACUGAGACCGAGGGAAACAGUGUGUUUUGUGGAGCCGAGACCGCCAUAGUAUAUAAGUGUCAAAGAACGAAUAAUUCACAAGUUAUUGGAGUGAACUUAAUUUGAAAACCAAAACUGAAUAAAUGAUUCGAAUGCUGUGAAUGUUUAAUAAAAAGUUUAAAAAAUGAACUUUGGAACCUCAUGGUUGACACGCAUGCGUAUUGCACCCAUUUUAUUAUUGACCGGUCAAUAAAUGUUUCAUUGUGGACCGGUUGCCUCCUCGGCAAAGCACGCAGUGAACACGACGUUUUGUGGACCGGCACGUGAUACGGUCGACCAAUCGGCAAACAGAAAAAUUGAACUUUAACACUAACUACCGGGUGUCCCAAAAAAGUACUCCUGUUUGAUUCGUAAUAACUUCGAAACAAAUAAAGAUUUUAAAGAGAAAUAAUUUGAAGAAAUUUUGAUAUACUACAGUUGUAUUUCACUUAAAAAUGCACGAAGAUAUUAAUGUUUAAAAUCGGGAGCAUAUUUCUGGAUGUGUCUGAAAUAUGCAAAAAACGGCGUAUCAAAUAUUAAUCAAGAUUUGACCGACUGAAACAUGCACUAUUAUACCAGUAAAUAAAAGCGUCUGCCUUGCAUGGUCUUUCAUGUGCCUUUAAGUUUGUAAAGACCUAUUAAAUACUUGCAUAGUAAUUUCGAACGUUCCAUGUAAGAUGUCUAAAUGAACUUACAUGUAAGAUGUCUAAAUCUACGCCAUAUCCCUUACAAACCCUAACGACAAUUCGCUGAAAUACAAGUUUGCCUGAUAUGUCAUUAAGCAAACAAACGCUGGAGUUAAUAUUUGAUAUGCCGAUUUUCGCUAAUUUUAGACCCAUCCCAAAAUAUGCUCCCGAUUUUGAACAUUAAUAUCUCCGUGAAUUUUUAAGUAAAAUACAACUGUAAUAUAUCAAAAUCUAAGUUAGCCCUUCUUCUAUUUAAUGCAAGUUAUUUCAGUUUGAUAGCUUUACUUGUUUAGAAGUUAUUAUAAAUCAAACCGGAGUACUUUUUUUGGGACACCCGGUAUUAUCCACUGCAUGGGAUACUAGAGUGAAUUCAUGCAUAAUUCAUACAAUAACAUGUUGACUACUGGGACUACAUUAGGACGACAUCCUAGUCCCAGUCCUCUGCAUAGCCCUGACGUCCUAGCUGACGUCGACGUCGUAGAUCUUAGCUAUCUAUUAUUUGUCCUGUAGUAACAUUGGGCAAAUAAGGGAUGACAACACUGAUCUGAAAAUGGAUGACAAAGAAUAAAAAGAAGACUUACUGGCAGUGGCGGAAAUCUCGGUGGGGUGGGGUUGUCGGAAAUUUGAAAGUUUUGUCGGAAAUUUAGACGGCUUCCCCCACCGGAAGAAGUGAAUUUCCGCCACUGGUCACUGGGCCGCCAGAAGGAACAAGUUGAACUGAUAUAAAAGCCAACCAAUGAAAACAAAGUCAGUUUAAUUUAGUGAGAGCAUUGAGACUGGAUUAUUGGAAACUUUAAGCUUUCCCAGCUCUGCACAUAUUUUAUCGUCUCUUUUUAGUCAUAGCUCUCUCAGAGGCAUCACGAACCAAAAGCGUACUUCGUUUUCUUUCGUGCUAUUUUAAAUUGCAAUUGCAUGCGUGUAAAUCUCUUUCCAUUGCGCUUAAAAACGGCUCCAAAAAUUCAUUUGUUCCAACACGUUCUGACAUUUUAUACUGUGUAUCUAUUUGACAUGAUAUGUAUAUACUGUAUGUACUUUCGUUUAGAUGUAUAAUUAUUGAUAACAGCCUUCACAAUUGUAAGUUGAAUCUACCGAAGUAUUCCGGAAGUGGUGUUCUUACUAUUGGUACUUGGCUGAUAAAUGGCACCAUCAUGGAAAACAAUUUAACACUGGACCAUCUUAUUAUCACAUCAGAACUCAUUCAUCUCAUUAUCCCAAAACAAGAGCUGCAACAUUGCUUCGCAAAAUUGGUUGACAAGCGCUUACCGUGAAAUACACACGCACACACAUGGUAAAAUCUACACCACUUUGUAGAAGUCAUCAUGAUAGACAUGGUCAUAUUUAGUACUAUUUAAAACACGAGUAGGAGUGUUUUAUCAGAUAUAAAACGCGACGCGCAGCCGAGCGUUUUCUGUCUGAUAAAACACUCCUACUCGUGUUUUAAAUAGCUUAAAAUACGACUACAAAAGAAUACUAAUUAGGAUGAACAAUUAUAUAAUGCCGCAUGCUUUAUCAGAUAUAAAGUCACUCCACGUGACAUAUUAUGGCUGACAUGAUUUGCCACAAGGUUUACGAAUUAUUGAGUAUUUUAAGUAAUAAUAAAAGUGAGUUAAUAUACAGUGCGUCAAAGUGCGUCCACAAAGUGGCUCUUCGCCUUUACAUACAUAUUAGAGGUGUGCAAAUCCGAUCCGAAUCGAAUCCGAUCCGUUCAGAUUUCGGAACAAAAAUAUACAUUUCGGAUCCGAUUGAUAAAGUUGUUUCGUAGUCGGAUCGGAUCGGACUUUGAUAUUCGAAAUAAAAUGAAUUAAUUAUCCACGCACUUGCAAGAAUUAAAUAUCCACGCAUUUAUCAAAGCAUUAUCGCGGUUGUCGCUGCAUUUUUCGUUUGAUACUUCAAUUGGACGUCACUUUGUCAGCUUCUUG